UUCUUCACCAAAUUUUCCUCUUUUACAAGAUGAAAAUCUCUCAUUACUUUGUGAAAAUUGUUUUUUAAAAGGUGAUGCUACAAUUUCGAUGAAACUUGCUGGUAGUUUUGGUUUUUCAUUAGAUUUAACUGAAGCUUCAAUUUCUCUUAAUGGAAGCGCUUUAAUGAACAUUGACCUCUCUCUUAAUGGUACUGCUGGAGCUGGUAUUGGCUUUGAUAAAAUACUCCUUUCUAUUCCUUUACCUGGAAAUUUUAAUGUACCCAAGUUAUUUUCUCUUGGUCCUUCAGUAGAUCUUGUAGCUUCAACCAAUAUAACUACUAAUGUAACUGGUUCAUUAGGUUUUGGGGGUGAUAUAAGUUUACCGAAUUUUAAUGCAAAUUUUACAUUUAUUGAUGUAAAAAAUCCAAAAUUUACACAAUCCGGUUUCAAACCUAAAACUAAAUUACAUAAACCAAAAUUUGGAAUUGAUUCUGCUUCAGCUGAUGUUGCUGGUUCAAUCAAACCACAAUUAGCUCUUGGUCUUAAUAUAUUAAAUGGAGUUUUUGAACAAAAACUUGGUUUUCAAGUAGUUGGAACUUUAAAUAAUAAUAUUUCUUUUGGUGGUAAAGGUAAAAAUUCUUGUCUAAAAAAGACUCAACCACGUCUUAAAAUUGACCUUAAUGGUAAUUUGGGAUUUUUCAUUAAUGAUGAUAAUUUCCCUGUAGUAGAUUUUCCUUCUUUAAAUUUAUUAAAUAAAUGUUUAUAAAAAAAAAAGGUAUAUAUAAUUAGCGUGAUAAAAGGUAUUACAUAAUUAGUAA